AUGAUAAAAAAACUAAAUAUUCCAUGUGUAUGGGGUGGUCAUCUGGCUGGAAUUCUACUAAAAAAUCAAAGUACAGCAUCACCAACUAAACCAAUAAUGAAAAUUAUUGGCGUUCAUGGAUGGCUCGAUAAUCUGAAUUCCCUAUUACCGAUUGCAGAAAGAUUAGCGCAGCACGAUGCAAACUAUGAAAUCUAUUUAUACGAUCGGGCUGGCCAUGGAUUUUCCAGUCAUCUUCAUAAAGGUUCAGAUUAUUCAUACGCUUAUAAUUUACGCGAUCUUCGUACUGUUACGCGAACUCUUGGUUGGAAUAAAGAAAAAUUUUCUCUCCUCGGCCACAGUUACGGAGCACAUCUUGCUAUGGCUUAUGCAGCAGCUUAUCCAGAAGAAGUAUCGUGCCUCGUUGCACUGGAUGCUAUCAUUGGUGUCGAAAGAUCGUCGAAAACUUUCUGGAAAAAUGCUGCUGCUCGUAUCGAUAAAAAUAUCGAAUAUCAUGUUAAAGUACCUAAAUCCUAUCAAAAUGAAUUGACCUAUGAGAAAGCAAUUGAAUUAGUAAGAAGUUCAAGAAUAGGUAUUGAUGAUGCAUCAGCGAAAUUACUUGUUGAACGAUCCGUCCGCCGAGAUACACAUGAUAAAUUACAUUUUACACGAGAUGAAUCAUUAAGAAAUACACACUUAAUUCCAUUCAGUGAACAUAUGGCUGAAGAAGCAAUUAAAGCUAUUCAAGCGCCAGUUCUUUUCAUCGGAACGGUCAAACCUCAAUGGCCGAUGCCAAAAAAUUCGAUUGAACUAUUAAAAAAACAUAAUCCCAACUUUGAAAUGACACUUGUUGAUGGAUCUCAUCAUUUUCAUAUGACCCAUGUUGACAGUAUUUUCGAGCAAAUCAAUCGAUAUUUUAAUAAAUAUGCCCAAUAA